CAGGAUUGUGAUAGUCAUCAUCUCCUGGAACACAAAGUUUAGGAUUUCCCCCCGAGGAUUGAAAUCGUAAGAAUCGAAGAUAAGUUUAUGCGAUCCAGAGAAAGGCAAAAGCUUUCGAAAAUGGAUGAGGUGGCCCGAGAAAUUCGUGAUUCUCGGGUUGAAUCUUGUAGCAUAGAUUCCGGUGAUAUCAGGAGUCUGAGAACCCUGGAGAUUGGAGACAAAGCAGCUGGCUCGUGUGAAGGCUCUAAAGACGAAGAUGAUGAGACAAAAAGAGAGGAACUGAGGCAACAAAUGCGUGGCAAAUACUUCUUCUAUGACACGCCACUUUCUGAAGAGACCGGGGUUUGGAUACCUGUUUCUGUCCCACCCAUGUUAGAAACCGAUCACGAGGAAUGGACUAGAGGAUUAAGCUUCAAUGGUGGUUACUUUCCCGAGGGUGACAUGGGAUGGAACCAAUGCAUUGACGUGGAGAAGGAACUAACGAUGUGGGAUGUGAUUGUGGAUAUGUUACUUGCAGCACGUGGCAAAGUGAAUGCUCUUACUUCUGGUGACCUUGAGGGAUGCGGCAUUUCGUUUUUGUCAAGCCAUCUUCUUGAACGAGCUUGGCAAGACAUGGCACAAACCCUCACAGAGGCCAACUUCGGUAAUGCCAGAGAAAUUCUGGAGACAGAACCACCCAAGUGGCUACCUGAUAGUGCUGCCUCUGCUUGUAUGCUAUGUGGUGUGAGGUUUCAUCCAAUCAUGUGUUCCAGACAUCACUGUCGAUUUUGUGGAGGAAUAUUCUGUAGGGAUUGUUCUAAAGGAAGGAGUUUGUUGCCGACAAGAUUCCGUGUUUCAGAUCCACAAAGGGUUUGUGAUGUGUGUUGUGUGAGGUUGGAGUCUGUGCAGCCGUAUCUCAUGGACCAAGUAAGUCCGGCUGCUCAGUUGCCAACCCAUGAUUUGACAGAUCUUAGUACAUUAAGGUCUUGGGUGAAUUUCCCCUGGGUUCAAUCCAUGGAACAUGAGAUUUAUAAGGCGACAAACACUAUUCGAGGUUAUAUCACCAAGGUUGGUUCUUCGAGAACGGAGAAGUCCAUUCCAGACGCCAUUCUAAGACAAGCAAAAGGUCUUGCAAUAAUUUCGGUUGUCAGAGUCGGUGUUAUGGUCACAUACAAAAUUGGGACUGGACUAGUGGUUGCUCGUAGAGAUGAUGGCUCCUGGUCUCCACCCUCUGCUAUCUCUUCGUUUGGUGCGGGAUGGGGUGCUCAGGCUGGAGGAGAGUUGAUAGAUUUUAUAAUUGUACUAAGAACACAGGAAGCAAUCAGAACAUUUGGGAGUAACACCCAUCUUGUAGUUGGAGCUGGUUUAAGCGCAGCAGUUGGUGUGACAGGACGGGCACUUGAGGCAGAUAUCCGAGCUGGUGAUGGUGGUUAUGCUGCUUGCUACACUUACAGCUGCAGUAAAGGUGCAUUUGUCGGAUGCUCACUUGAAGGAAGUAUCUUCAAAACACGAACAAGUGAGAACUCACGGUUCUAUGGAAGUCAGUCCAUAACUGCAUCCGACAUACUCCUCGGCUUGUUGCCUAGGCCGCCAGCUGCUGCCACUCUCUACCGUGCCCUAGGAGAUCUGUAUGAUAAGAUCCGGAGUGAGAGCUCUCUGUCUCGGACAUGGUCGUCAUCUUCAGAAGACUUGACUCGUUGACUUGGCUUUUGUCCAGUGGUAUGAGUGUAUAUAUAUCUCUGAAGAAAACUGGUGGAAGAACAGACAUUGCAUGUCGUAAAGAUUCACGCAAUUCUUCAAUGUAUAUAUUGGAACCAAGCAGCUGCUGAAGCUGUGUGGUUGUAGAGAAUACGUUAUUACAUCUGAAAUCCAAGAUUGUCUCUGCAAUAAAAUUCUUCAUUCCUUAACA